AUGGCAACUAUUUAUGAUUGGUACAGCGAUCUCAUGAAUAACAAAAGUGAUCCUCGUGUCAAAGACUGGCCGAUGGCGUCUUCGCCGUGGCCUACACUGGCUGCUUGCUUAUGUUUUGCGUACUUCUCGAAGGAAUUAGGCCCACGACUAAUGGCGAACCGCAAACCCUUCGAGCUACGAAACGUACUAGUCGUCUAUAAUCUUGCACAAACGUUAUUCAGCGCGUGGAUAUUCUAUGAGUACCUGAUGAGCGGCUGGUGGGGUCAUUACAACUUUACGUGCCAGCUAGUCGACUAUUCGCGGAGUCCGAUGGCUAUGAGGAUGGCGAAUACGUGUUGGUGGUAUUACUUCAGCAAGUUUACGGAAUUCGCGGACACGCUUUUCUUCGUGCUGCGUAAGAAAAACGAGCACGUGUCUAACCUCCACGUUAUACACCACGGGAUAAUGCCUAUGUCGGUUUGGUUUGGACUUAAAUUUGCACCAGGUGGUCAUAGCACGUUCUUCGCGCUACUUAACACUUUUGUGCACAUCGUGAUGUACUUCUACUACAUGGUAUCUGCAAUGGGCCCCAAAUAUCAAAAGUACAUUUGGUGGAAGAAAUAUCUUACAGCUUUCCAGAUGGUUCAGUUCGUGCUUAUCUUCACCCACCAGCUGCAAGUAUUAUUCCGUCCGUCGUGCGAGUAUCCCCGCGUCUUCGUCUACUGGAUUGCGAUGCACGGAUUCUUAUUCCUCUUCCUAUUCAGCGAUUUCUACAAGGCUAGGUACUCAAAGUCCAAGGGAAAGGCCCUGAAGAAUGGACUUUGUAUGACGGUUAUGGACGACAGCAGCACCGCUCUAAACGGCAAGAACGGCUACAAGCAAGAGGUGGACUCCGAGGUGCCCAACUCGUACGCGUCGUCAGGAGCCGAUGCGUUUGUGCGUAGGCGGCCAGUUUCAUAG